GGAAGCGGUGUCAGUACUGGGGAGCCGGCGGCGGGCGGCGGGCGGCGAGCGGCGAGGACUUGUUGUUCUACGCCGAGUGGGAGCGUGGAGUCCUGAGCGCGCAGGCGGAGGCGGCGAAUACGGGGGGAGAGAGCAGAAGCGCGCGUGAAGAGUGCGUGUCCACGAGGAGCCGCCGCGCCCGGCCCCGCGCGCGACCCGGCGACAGUUUCCUGGUGGUUCCGUCCUGGUGACAGGGCCCAGGUUAUGACGACUAAUCCCAAGCCGAACAAGGCAUUGAAGGUUAAGAAGGAGGCGGGCGAGAACGCCCCUGUACUUAGUGAUGAUGAGCUGGUGUCCAUGUCGGUGCGGGAGCUGAACCAGCACCUGCGGGGGCUCACUAAAGAGGAGGUGACUCGGCUGAAGCAACGGCGGCGCACACUCAAGAACCGCGGCUACGCAGCUAGCUGCCGUAUCAAGCGUGUGACCCAGAAGGAGGAGCUGGAGCGGCAGCGUGUAGAGUUGCAACAGGAAGUAGAGAAGCUGGCCCGGGAAAACAGCAGCAUGCGACUGGAGCUGGAUGCCUUGCGCUCCAAGUACGAGGCCCUGCAGACCUUUGCACGCACCGUGGCCCGGGGGCCUGUCACGCCAACCAAGGUGGCCACCACCAGUGUCAUCACCAUCGUCAAAUCUGCAGAGCUCUCCUCCACCUCUGUGCCAUUUUCAGCUGCCUCCUAGUGCCUGCCGGGGUCGGGCAGGGCGUGGGCAGUGGCACAGCCCUCACGCCUCUCCUGGGCUCCCUGGUACAGAUUCCUCAUGUCCACUUGCCCACUGUGGACCCUGUGGGGCUGAGGGCAAGGACAGCAGGGACAGGCGGAUGCAGGAUAAAAGGGAGGUUCUCAUGAGCCAGUGCUACAAGCAACCCCCACUCACAUCUCUCCUUCCUCCAGGGGUGUGGUUUUAGUUGCUGACAGGAACCACACGGGCCACCAGCUUGAACAACUCCAGGCCCCCUGUGGGAGGGAGGGAGAACUCGUCUUCCACUUCUCUGGUGCCUGCCUGUCAGCGCCAUCAGUGCCAUCCCCUAAGGGCCUCCAGCUGGGGUGGACACCAUACUGUCACUUUCUGGGCUCUGGCCUUGUCCUUAUCAAGGGGCGCUACUACCUGCUUUAGCCCUUAGAGCCAAGUCCACGCCCUGGGAAAUAGUUCCCAGUAUAGCUUCCUGCAAAGGCUACUUCAUGUGUUCCUGUGUGUAUACAGGCUGUCACGGCAGCCUGUGUGAAGACAGGAAACCACUGGGCCAGGUGGCCACACAGGAGAGCCUGUCCAGUAUGUAUAGUGAGGGUUACACGGAUGUCCUGGAAUGUCCCUGGGGGUGUGUUAGUUAAGGUUGCCCAUUGUGGUGCAGGGGCCAUCUGUCCAUAGAGCCAGCAAACAGUAGGGCCCAGGUUCCCUAGGGCUUAGCAGAGAGGAGAGGCUGGAGGGGAGCCUGUGAAGCCUGAGAGGUGUUGAGGGAUACAGAAAUGGCUGUUAAGAUGUGUCUUGUUGCUGGGGAAAAAAAAAAUAGGAAUGAGGUGAAGUCAGGGUGAAGUCCUGGCGGCCCAGGGGAUGUGGAAGAGGCCUAAGAGGCAUAGAUAGUAUGGAGGGACAAAGGGUGCAUCUGUAGGGCCUCGUGGACACGCCCUGUGGGUGUCAGCAGGGGCCCAGGGCAGGCUGUAUCUGCAACUUUGGUGCCCAAUUGUUACCUGCCUAUUCCUCCUUCAUAGCGUUCUGGGCCAUCGGCCAUCUUGUGCUUUCUUACUAAAGGGAUUAUGUCCUCCAGGCUCUGAGGAAUAUAUGGCGGACAAGGAGUCGGGGGCAGGCUGAGCCAAAGCCAGGCACUUAGGAAGCACUGUUGGAACCAUUGCCUUGGUAGGUAAUCCAUAUUGGAUAUCAAUAAGGACCAUGGGAUAUUUAAAGAGAGAGAAGAUAUAUAUAUAUAUAUAUAUAUAUAUAUAAAAUUAUAUACACAUUUUAUCGUACAGAUUUUUUCAUAACAGUUUUCUUUCCCAGUUUGAUACUGUAGAUCUUUUAUUAAUGCAGAGUAGGUUGGACAGUGAGGUGGGGAACUGGCCAUGGAUGGAGGCCCAGAGUGCCAACAGCCUCCCUUAGUCUUUCUGUGGUGGCAUUGGGCAUGCUUGGGUCACUGGUGAAGCUUGUUCCAGCAGGUAUCACACUGAAAUGCGUGGUCUCCAGGGUAGUCUCCAGCGGUAGGCAGGUGACCCCUGUCUGUGGGUUGCUGCCCACUGCAGGCCUGUGGUGGUCUCCAUGAAGGAGACUCCAUACUGUUGGCCUGCAGGCUGGAUGGGGCUUUCAGUGCCACCUGGAGCGCCUGUGCAGGGUACCUGCCUGAAGGGGGCUGAGAAGGGUGUGAGCAUGCCCCGUGGCUCUUUGUCACUGAAAUUUCAGCAUCACAAUUUAAUAUAUGGAGUUUUUAUUUAAGAUAAAAGUGAGUUUUCUGUCUUGUUCCUCUGACUUCUCAAAGCAAGCUUUACUUUUUCAAAAGGUGGCAGGGAUACAUGCUGACCACACAGAGGCCUGGUGUCCCCAGCCACCUACUCCUUGGCAGUUUCAUUUCAAUAUUUAUUUUUGUGCUUCCUCCCUCCAUGUUAUAAAUUAUUGAGAAGAGAUCACAGACUGUUGACCCCCUGUCUGUGCCCCGCCUCAUGGCCACUACCUAAUUUAUUGCUGUACAUGUCGCUGUGACUGCUUUUGUAUCUUUGCAAUAAAGAAUUUCCUGUUUGA